AUGACUGGUGCCAGAGUUUUCAAGAUUGAUGUGGUUGAAGGCGUCUCAACCUAUUCGCCUUCUCAUGCCGACAUAUUUUCUCAGAAAGCGUACGUUUGGUCAGACGGAAUCGGAAAUUUUUGGCAUGCGUACAAAUAUGAAUGGUUCACUGAAAAGAAUGUAGCAGUCCGCGAGGAAUGUGGCGCCGCACAUGCGGCGGCUAAGGGCAGUGUCGUCCUGGGAAAUGUUCCUGACCGUCGUCAACUUCGGCCGCAUGCGAGGCUUCUCCUUUUCAACAAACUCGGCGAUGUUAAACAGUCAGGUUGUCUUGAACAACCGUCCAUAAUCGCACUCACGGAGACUUGGCUCACACCAGAUGUCCCUGACGCGGAGAUCUCGGUGGAUGUUCACUGUGGUUUUCGAGCCGCCUCAAAACGAGGGCGGGCAGGUGGGGUUGCUCUGUACUUACAUGCGGCCCUACAAAUCCCGAUUGUCCUCUCUGACUCCACCCCUGCACCAUUUUGCGAUGCGCUGUGGGUCCGAAUCCCGCUGCGCGGGAUUCCCUCCUCGGAGCGAUCUACCGUAGCCCCUCUAGUCCUCCUGAAGAUGACCGAUUCCUCAUACAAAGCCUUGAGCAACUCUCCUCCAACAACCAUUUCACUCAUCUCCUGCUGGGCGUCUAAUCAGGUAGACUUUUUGCAGUGGCGCUGUCUGAAGUCGUCCAACAGAGCGCUUGGACUCAACAUGUGGUUGCACCUACCGGAUACCACGCAGGCCAACUACCAUCCCUCCUGGACUUGGUCCUCACCAACGAAAGGCACUUCGUUGAUCAGACCUAUAAGCCUCACCAGCGUGCCGUGCAAGGUAAUGGAACGCAUUAUGAAGCGAGCUAUUCUAGAUCACCUUACUUCCAGCAACCUGAUAUCUCCAGCUCAACACGGAUUUCUCCCAAACCGCUCUUGCGUGACAAACGUGCUCGUGUUUAUGGACAGCUUAACCCAAACCAAGGACGAAGGAUUCAUAUCGGAUGUCAUAUUUUCCGACUUCGCAAAAGCAUCUGAUAGGGUCCCACACGUCCCGCUGCUCCACAAACUCGAGUCUUACGGGAUUCAAGGGAAAAUCCUUCGCUGGAUCAAGGCGUUCCUAUCAGACAGGUCAUUCCGAGUGAGAAUAGGCUCAACCUAUUCCUCUCCAGCGCCGGUCUCCAUUGGAGUUCCUCAAGGCUCCGUCUUGGGACCACUCCUGUUUCUGAUCUACGUCAACGACCUCCCAGACGUUCUUGCGAGUCCAUGUUUACUUUUUGCGGACGACUUGAAAUCCUGGAGUUCCAAUGCCAGCGCCCUCCAAAUGGAUGUAGACGCUGCCAAGCAGUGGUCGUUGGACUGGCACCUUCCUCUGAAUGAUGAAAAAUACCAAGAAGGAUUUGGGCAUCUGGGUAUCCUCAAACUUGUGCUUCUCACUGCACCGCGAGAAAUCGCCCAAAAGACAUUCACCAUUUUGCGGACGAUCCGACUCACCUUCUCCCGUAUUACUCGCAUGGACUUCCAAACGCUCUAUGGGGCCUACGUCAGACCGCUCCCGGAGUACGCCAAUCAAGUUGUCUACUUAGGACGCAAAAAAGACGCCACACUCAUUGAGCGUGUCCAGCGAGCCGCCACGAGAAUGGUUGCCGGCCUCAAAUCCGUGGACUACGAAACGCGUCUCGCGACGCUUGAUCUCUUUCCCCUGGAGUACCGUCGCCUCCGUAGGGGCACGUCAAAACUGUCGGAACUUCAAUUCCAUUGUGCGAAUACUGAGCGCCUUUGGUGUUAUCAACCCCAUUAUGAUUGGUUGAAACCUCGGCGGCGGGAACAUUCAGAGCCAGGCCCGGCAGAAUGCAUGCUUUACGCAGCAGGAUGUAGUAUGCACGCUAUGGGAGCAUCUGUGGGCAGUGAUUCUCCGAAGAUAGGGGUUCAUGACAAUUUCUGCGGAUGGAAAAUAGAAACAAAGCCCAUGAACCGAAGCCCUAUAGAUACUUUUGACCUGUGGCCCGUCUCGGGGUCCCCGUCCAGGAAGACGGCAGUGACCAGCGCAGCUGAGUUUGCUGGUAAUGGCUUUCAUACUUCACUGCCAAGUCAUUGUUUGACCGCCUCUGGCUCUCUUCCACCCUUCACAUGGUUGGGCGAAAAGAGCCCUUCGAGGAAGUCGGUCGACUGGCAUACGCAACACGUGGCCAAACCAGCGCAACCUGUGCAGUGUGAUCAGUUCAUCUAUCGAGGCUGGUGUGAAAUGCUAAAAUUUUGUGCUGUUGUCAACCUUACCACUGCCUUUUCGACUAUGUGCUUUCUGUUUUUGGGUUAUGCGAUCACCUUCGAUACGGAACUGUUGUUCUCUGAGAAGAUUUGCGGUUUUAUCCCUCUUCUCGGUGGCCUUACCGUAGUAACUCGCCAAACCAUGGGCGGGAAGCUGCUAGUCAAUUUCCCGCUCGGCAACAUACGUUAUAAACAUAUUCCGUUUAUAUCUGUCGUAUUCGCUGCAUUAUUGGCACUACUGGGAAUAACUGGUCGUGUUUCUUUCAUGAUGUUUGCAACCGGUAUACUGGUUGCUUGGGUCUACCUCAGAUUCUUCCAAAGACAUUCCAAUGGAAUUGUUGGGGAUUUGGCUGACACGUUCACUUUUUCCGGAUUUUUUCCAAAUCACCUGGAGCCACCUGUGGCAAUUCUAGCCAACACGACAUUCAACCUUCUGCUGCGCCUGAAGCUUUGCCGGAAGGCUCCUGUCAUAUCGGUGAAGCAGCCAGCGUCAGUGAUGUCAUUCACUGUUAACGUCAGUGAAAUUUCUCGGGCGAGUGAUAUUGGGCACACUAACAAUCCUGCCACAGAAAUCCUAACUCUGCAUGUUCCUCCUGACUCAGCUGAUCUGUCUACUUCUGCAAACAUACCGAUGAUUUCCAAAGGAACCAGUCCACCGAACUCGAAAGAGAAUCCCUGACUCUGUCCUCAACGCGGAACACGACUUUUUUGGAUCAGUAUCUGUGUGGUAAAUCCCAUAGAGCCACUCCACACAGAGGAUUCCACCACAAUCUGUGAUGAAAUGCGGAGCCGUUCCUGAGGGAGCUUCUAGCGUCCUCUAUUUUGUUUUUAUCCUUUGUAAACAUCAAAUCCCGGCUGUGGUAUUUUCCAACACAGGUGCUAAACCUUUGUGUAAACCACUCCAGUGGGCCAAAAGUUGUGGCGGAGGAAAACCCUAUUUCCACUGUGACCACUGUCGACUUUUCGUGCCAAUCUACUCUAUGGGGAUUCCCGUUACGCGUCUAUUUUAGAAAUACUUCGUUUAGUCAUAUCGGC